AUGAAGUUCAAUUUAGAGCUACUAGUUCUUAUUUUAGGUGUUGCAGCAUGUCAGGUAUGUUCUAAGCUUCUUCAAAGCUUUUUCCAAAGUUUUUGUUACUCUUUAGGCAAAUCUGCUCAACUUUCCUCGUGCCGCUAUCCGCUUGACAAAAGAGUUCACAGGAAUGGAGAAGUUGAGAGCUCCAGAAGAGCUCGGUGGAGCCGAUUACGAUAUGAAGAUUGAUGUUGAGACUCAAGACGUGCUCACAAUUCUGGAGUUGGCUGCACCCGUACCUGAGGAUGAGCAUGCUGAUUUUGAGCCCGUGAGUUCGAUUUCUCCUUGGAAUUUUCAGAAACUUGAAUUUCAGGACAUGAAGCUCGAGUCUCCAUUUGAGAAAGAGGACACGGUACCAGCAAUCAACUAUCCAAAGAUGGUCGACGAGGAUUUCGUGCAGCCGAGGCCCGAGAUCAUCUAUCCGGAGGACUUCCAUGAGAGUGUUGUUGAGAUUUUGGACUCGAGAAACGAGCGAGAGAUUGCUCUGGAACCAGUGGCUAUGGCCAAGUUGGAGAAGGGAUAUUUCGAGAAUCAGGAAACUGAGCUUGACGACUCGGACUCCUCGGACACCUCAGACUCUUCCAGCUCAUCCGAAGAGGAGCCAGAAUGGGAUGAAGCUCGCCCAUAUCUCAAGUGUGGAUGUUUGAAAAAGUCUGGAAAAGUGUUCGAAUCGAAAAGCGCUCCAAGAGAAUGGGAAUCCGCCGAAUUCACCGGAAACGACCUGCCGACCGCUUUGGAUUGGCGAAAUGUGAGCGGAGUCAACUAUUGCUCGCCGACGAGAAACCAGCACAUUCCGGUGUACUGCGGAUCUUGCUGGGUGUUCGGAACUACUGGUAAGUGGCCACGAGCGUCGUGAGUGUGAAACCUGAACUCCCAAGUCUUCCAGGUGCUCUCAACGAUCGUUUCAACGUUGCUCGUAAGGGAAGAUGGCCAAUGACUCAAAUUUCUCCACAAGAGAUCAUUGACUGUAACGGAAAGGGAAAUUGCCAGGGAGGAGAGAUUGGAAACGUUCUGGAGCACGCCAAGAUCCAAGGCCUGGUGGAAGAAGGAUGUAAUGUCUACAGAGCUACGAAUGGAGGUAAAUCCAUCGCAUGGAAAAGGUCGUAUUCACUCAAAUUUACAGAAUGUAACCCGUUCCGUCGCUGCGGUUCCUGCUGGCCAAACGAGUGCUUCUCUCUGAACAACUACACUCGUUACUACGUAAAAGACUACGGAAGUGUCAAGGGAAUCGACAAUAUCAAGGCCGAGAUCAAGAAGGGCGGUCCGCUUGCUUGUGCCAUCGGAGCCACGAAAAAGUUCGAGUACGAGUACGUCAAGGGUGUUUAUUUCGAGAAGAGUGACCUGGAAUCCAACCACAUCAUCUCACUGACGGGAUGGGGAGUCGAUGAAAAUGGCGUCGAGUACUGGAUCGCGAGAAACAGCUGGGGAGAGGCUUGGGUAAGAAUUGUUGAGCCUCGAAGAGCAUUGGAAAUUGUUAAACUUCAGGGAGAGCUCGGAUGGUUCCGUGUGGUCACCUCAAAGUUCAAGGACGGACAGGGAGACCAGUACAACAUGGGAAUCGAGCGAGAUUGCUACUUCGCCGAUGUGGACGUCUCUAACUUGAACUGA